CAAAAUGGCACUAAUGGCAGUGAUUGACAGCUGAUAAUUCGAACGUUCCAUUUGUGAAUGGUUAUGUCACAGGGUUAAUUUUUGUUAUGAGUUGAUUUGAAGGUAUCGCACAAUAGGAGAUACCUCGAAUCAAAAUGUCGCUGCUAAAAGUCGGUGUUGUGAAAAUCAUUUCCCCUAGCCAGGGAUGUAAAAUAGCGGCAUGUACGUUCGUGCAGAACCGCGGCAUCGCUGGCAAGGCGCUCAGGGCUUCCUUGCCGUGCCCGCCGCCGAAGCCAGCACCCUUCGACUACGUUAAUAAGGACUACACCUGGUUCAGAAGUCUUUUCGACCGUACGACCCACAGGUUCGACGAGAACACUAAAGUUGUCGUCGUUGAAGGCCCUGUCGCUGUUGGUAAGACCCAGUUCGCGGCUGCACUCGCCGAAGACUUGGGCAUGAAGCAUUUCCCUGAAGCGAACAUGGACAUCCAUUACAAAAGGCCGAAUGGCUGUGAUUUGCGUAUGUUCGAUGAUCAGAUUCCUGAAGAUACUAGGACCUUCGAUCAUGUCAACUUCAACUUGACGCCAGACCACCGUCUAGCUGGUAACUUCCAGAUCAUGAUGUACAUAGCUAGGUACAGUCAAUACAUUGAUGCUCUGGCGCAUUUGUUGAACACUGGCCAGGGAGUUGUCUUGGAGAGGUCUCCCUACUCCGACUUUGUGUUUCUGGAGGCCAUGUACAAACAGAAGUUCCUCAGCAAGGCAGUGAGGUCUGUGUACUAUGAGCUGAGAGCAAACACCCUUGAGGAACUGAUGCGCCCACAUCUAGUUGUCUAUUUGGACUUGCCAGUGAGCAAAGUGCAAGAUGCUAUUAAAAAACGCAACCUGGAGCAUGAGGUGAGCGGCCGUGCCCUCACCAAGGGCUUCCUCACGGAGGUUGAGCGUCAGUACAAGAACAAGUACCUUCGUGACAUUUCUACCCACGCUGAGCUGCUCGUGUACGACUGGAGCGGUGGCGGUGAGGUUGAAGUGGUGGUUGAAGACAUUGAGCGUCUGAACUUCGACCAGUAUACGGAGCGAGAGGACCCCAAGAUGAAAGACUGGCGCCUGCCCCGCGAAGUGGAGUGGGCCGACCAGCGCAUGAUCUAUACCAACCAGAAGUACUUCCUCAUGAACCUCUUUGGUAUACCCAAGUUGGAUGUCCCGGAACUGAUCACCAGUGCUGAUGAUUCUUACGAAAGGCAGAUAGUAAUUGACGCUCACCCUAAAUUCAAGUACAUGGAGGGGUACGACUCCGGGUCUUUGUUCAAGAACAAAAUGUCCAAGUACACAGAAUACGUUUAGAUGUGGACAACUCUGUAGAUUCAUUUAUUAAUAUAAUGUUAUAAAUAUAUUUAAAUAGGA